CAGUUUCAGACCCGCUCGGUCCUUUUAACAGCUUCGGGUGCGCUCGGCUCUUUCCGUCUCCAUCAUCAUUCUUCCCGCGUCCGUGGCGGCUGAAGCCCUGCUUGUGGACGCGCCGCGGAGCCGCAAAGGAGCUGGAGCGAUCGAAGAAGCCCCCCGUCUUCCCCCCACCGCACUGUCCUCUCUACUGGAGACUCGUCCGUCUUUUUCCCCCCUCUUUCCUUAUUUCCUCGACGUUUUUUUUUUCCUCCCCUCUUUAAUUGUUUUAUUCGUUUAAAUCAUGAAUCGAGGCGGUAGCGCGAGCGCAAUUUUGUGAACAUGAUCGACGGGAAAGGGAAAAAAACACAGAUGAUUAUGAAUUUGUCCGGUUUUCUGUUUGUGCCCGCUUUAUGGGGACUCGCACUCGGUGGAUCACCGAGCGUCCAAAUCGGCGGCCUGUUUCCGCGCGGUGCGGAUCAGGAGUACAGCGCGUUUCGGGUCGGGAUGGUGCAGUUCGGCACGGCCGAAUUCCGCCUCACCCCGCACAUCGAUAACCUAGAGGUGGCCAAUAGCUUCGCCAUCACCAACUGCUUUUGCUCGCAGUUUUCCCGUGGUGUCUACGCCAUCUUCGGCUUCUACGACAAGAAGUCCGUGAACACCAUCACGUCGUUCUGCGAGACGCUGCACGUGUCCUUCAUCACGCCGAGUUUACCCGCCGAUGGCCUCAACCAGUUCGUGCUGCAGAUGAGGCCUGACAUCCGAGGACCUCUGAUCAGCCUGGUCGAGUAUUACAAAUGGGAGAAGUUCGCAUAUCUGUACGACAGUGAUAGAGGCUUGUCCACUCUCCAGGCCAUCCUGGACACGGCGGCUGAGAAGAAAUGGCAAGUGACGGCUAUAAAUGUGGGCAACCUGAAGGACGAGAGGAAAGACGAGGCCUACCGCUCGGUCUUCCAGGACCUGGAUAAUAAAAAGGAGAGGAGAGUCAUCCUGGACUGCGAGCAGGACAAGGUCAAAGACAUCAUGGAGCAGGUCAUCACGAUUGGUCGUCAUGUGAAAGGGUAUCAUUACAUCAUCGCAAAUUUUGGGUUUUUGGACGGAGACCUAUCCAAGAUUCAGUAUGGAGGUGCGAACGUGUCCGGAUUUCAGAUCGUAGAUUUCGACGACCCUCUGGUUGCCAAGUUUGACCAGCGCUGGGAAGCUCUAGAGGAGAAAGAGUACCCGGGGGCGGACAGCAAAAUUCGAUAUACCUCUGCUCUGACAUACGAUGCGGUUCAGGUGAUGACCGAAGCCUUCCGCUUCCUGCACAAGCAAAGGAUCGACAUCAGUCGCCGUGGCAACAAUGGGGACUGCCUAGCCAAUCCGGCUGUACCAUGGGCUCAGGGAGUGGAGAUAGAACGUGCUCUUAAACAGGUGCGAGUGGACGGCCUGACAGGAAACAUCCAGUUUGACCAAUAUGGCAAGAGAGUGAACUUCUCAGUCAACAUCAUGGAGCUGAAGAACAGCGGGCCGGUGAAGAUCGGCUACUGGAAAGAGGUGGACAAAAUGGUGGUCACCAAAUCCGAUCUCUUCCCCAACGACACCUUCGGGAUGGAGAACAAGACCGUGAUCGUGACGACCAUCUUGGAGGCGCCGUAUGUGAUGUUGAAGAAGAACGCAGAGUUGUUCACAGAUAACGAUCGUUACGAGGGAUACUGCGUGGACCUGGCGGCUGAGAUCGCCAAUCACUGUCGGUUUAAAUAUCAGCUGAAGAUCGUGGGAGAUGGGAAGUACGGAGCUAGAGACGCAGACACCAAGAUCUGGAACGGCAUGGUGGGAGAACUGGUGUAUGGGAAAGCGGACAUAGCCAUAGCGCCUCUGACGAUCACGCUAGUCCGUGAAGAAGUGAUCGACUUCUCCAAGCCCUUCAUGAGCCUGGGCAUCUCCAUCAUGAUCAAGAAACCGCAGAAAUCCAAGCCGGGCGUCUUCUCUUUCCUGGACCCGCUGGCCUACGAGAUCUGGAUGUGUAUCGUGUUUGCCUACAUUGGUGUCAGUGUCGUGCUCUUCCUGGUUAGCCGCUUUAGCCCGUACGAGUGGCACACCGAGGAGUUCGAGGAUGGCCAGCUCGGGCCCAGCGAGUCCAAUAACGAAUUUGGGAUCUUUAAUAGUCUGUGGUUUUCUCUGGGCGCUUUUAUGCAGCAGGGAUGCGAUAUUUCGCCAAGGUCACUGUCUGGGCGUAUAGUUGGUGGUGUGUGGUGGUUCUUCACCCUCAUCAUCAUCUCGUCUUACACGGCCAACCUGGCCGCUUUCCUGACUGUGGAGAGGAUGGUGUCCCCCAUCGAGAGCGCAGAGGAUCUCGCCAAGCAGACCGAAAUCGCCUACGGAACCCUCGAUGCCGGUUCAACCAAAGAGUUCUUCAAGAGAUCAAAGAUCGCUCUGUUUGAGAAGAUGUGGCAGUACAUGAAAAGCGCAGAGCCUUCUGUCUUUGUAAAGAACACGGUGGAAGGCGUGCUGCGCGUGCGCAAGUCCAAAGGCAAAUACGCCUACCUUUUGGAAUCCACCAUGAACGAGUACAUCGAGCAGCGCAAGCCAUGUGACACCAUGAAGGUCGGAGGCAAUCUCGACUCCAAGGGCUACGGCAUCGCCACGCCCAAAGGAUCUGCUUUAAGAACACCAGUAAACCUUGCAGUAUUGAAACUCAGUGAGCAAGGCGUCUUAGACAAGAUGAAAAACAAAUGGUGGUACGAUAAAGGGGAAUGUGGAGCCAAGGACUCGGGAAGUAAGGAGAAGACAAGUGCUCUGAGCUUGAGCAACGUGGCGGGGGUCUUCUACAUCCUGGUGGGCGGCCUCGGCCUGGCCAUGCUGGUGGCGCUGGUGGAGUUCUGCUACAAGUCGCGUGCCGAGGCCAAGCGCAUGAAGGUUGCCAAGACUCAAGCCCUAAAUCCCCCCACUUCCUCGCAGAAUUCUCAGAAUUUUGCCACUUAUAAGGAAGGGUACAACGUGUAUGGGCUGGAGAGUGUUAAGAUCUAGUGGAUGACGUUCACAGAGGCCAUGCGCACUAAGGCCAGGCUGUCUAUAACUGGCAGUAUUGGGGAGAACGGGAGAGUGCUGACUCCGGAUUUCUCUAAAGCCGUGCACGCUGUGCCCUACAUGAGACCAGGCAUGGCAAUGCCUCUUAACGUGAGCGAGCUGUCCUGAGUGCCUUACACACACACACACACACACAUGUUUAGACAUACUUUUACUUAUAUCCUCAAAGCAUACAUUAACAUUAACAUUCACUUGCAACUAAUUACUUAAAAUUACACAGCAGUGCGACGCACUCAUCACAUAUACCAUAUUUUCUGGAAGAUAUCCCUCUGUUUUCACAUUAGCCCAAUCUAAUCGAACCCUUUAUUCUGAUUACAAACAAGUAUAAACCCUAAUCUCAGACUGGGAACGGAUUCUAGUCAAUUCUCUGAUUCCGUGUUUGGCUAUUAUCACAUGUAUCCAACUUAAGGAUUAGCUCGGCAUCGACGUUGGGCGAAAAUGCGUAUCAAAAUGUCACCUAGAAUAAAACAACAUGACUUCUUCAUACUAGUCACACUCAGGUAUAGAUAUAACCUCUAUUAUCUAGUUAAUUAGCUCUCCACCAUUCAUUGUUAACUGAAGUGGCAGUUGCUCAUCAUCCUUGUUCCAAGACAAAAAGGUUUUCUAUCUGGAAUAUUAGCAUCAUGACCUGUGAAAAAAAACUGAGCCAACUCUCUCUUUGAAUCAAAUGUCUCUCUCUCAUUUCUAGAAUCUGACAGCACUGAUUAAGAAGAAAAACAAACACCACCACCUAGCUAAUGUAUUAGCUUUAGCUUUUGGCUGUUGAGGAAACACCCUGUACACCUUGACUCAUCACGGUGGAGAAAUAAAUUCAUUUGGAUAUCUAGCUAGCUCACUCAGAAAGCUAGUUUGCGUUCAGAGUUGAACGUAUUAAGCAUAUAUCGAAAUACGGCAAUAUAUUUUGAUGUAUUUCCAGGCCUGAUGGCGGGAUUACGAUCAGGAUACAACUACAGCAACACUAACGAGACAAAAACUACAUAGCAGUAGAGUCAGUGCAAACAUUAUGUAGAAUAAAAACAUAUAUAUAAAUAUAUUGUCUGGAAAAUAUGGUAUAUACAUAUGCAUACACAGCCUAUGGAUAAGUUUAUACAUUUAUAUCACAAAGCACUUACAAACAGCAACACAUACACACACACUUGUACAUACACAUCAUAGGAAAUUGUACAGAUGCAAAAUGAGACGUUUGGUUUACACAUGCACGAUGUCCUACACACAGGACACAUUUUAUUUGUGCUCACGUCCUAUCUCUUACUCGAUUUCUAUUGACGUUUUUCCACAACAAACACCUUUUUUCCCCGCUUCUCGGAAUUCCAAGAAACACAAGCACACUUGAAUCAUCUGCAUCCGAUGUGGCUUCCUUUUGUCGGGUUCUAAUGUGAAAAAUAUCAAAAGAGGAAAAAUAAUUUUUUCUUUCUUUUUUUUAAAAAUAUUUUUCAAGAAAAAAAAAAAGUGGCUAAGCAUCCAUGUUGUAAAAUAAAGUCACAAAAUUGUUCCAAUUGUUUCGAAGCCAAACGAGUUCAUUUAACGUAGGUGCGGUGUUUUGAGCAGAAUCGUUUGUCAUAUGAAUUAUAUAUUGAAAAUAUCUAUUGACCAUGUAAAUAUCUAUACUUUUUGUCCUUUUGAUGUUACGAUGGCUGAAAAAAAAAAAAAUUUUAGUUGCAUUUUGUUCCGAGUGAAAAAAAAAAAAAAUUGAGUUGUUGCAAUGUUGUGAUGUUAAUUUGUCUUUAAAAAUUAAUGUUCAUUUUUUUUGCUUUCUUUUUUCUUUUUUUUUUAAAGAUCCUUCUGUUGGACAAGGCAAAUGUAGUUUUAUAGUUCCGUCAUCGACAUUAUAAAAAUAAAUAAAUAAAUAAAUAUAUAUAUAUAUAUAUAUAUAUAUAUAUAUAUAUAUAUAUAUAUAUAUAUAUAAAGAAAAAAAAAAGAAGAAGAAGAAGAAGAACAAGCCUGACAUGCAAAACAUUCUCUUUUGCAGGGCCAGUGAUAACAUGAAUUGGAAUUGCAUAUCAUCGUAUUAAUAUUGUAAGCCUAAUUAUAAUACUCCGGUAGAAUUUUUAAGCUCGUCGGAGCUUUCCGACUUCCAAACCUCUUCUUAGGGAUUAUGACUGGUUAUGUGGGAUAACCCGGAUGAAUUCAAGCAGGGAGGAUUUAUAGCACCAUGAGUUGUUUUAAUAAGCGGGAGUCAGAAAACUGUCGACUUUUAAUAGUAGUGAAAAAUGAAUACAAAUAAAUAAAAAUAAUAAUAAUUGAACGCAUCUUGAUGUUUUUCGACUGAAGAAAAAUCAGCAAUGUGGCAGGGUAGUGGUCUGGUGUGCUAGCACGGUAAUAAUGCCAAGGCGCUUAGAGUUAAUGCUUUCAAAAUUAUUAUUAUUAUUAUUUUUUUAAUUACACAAAUCAUUUUUUCGUUUCAAAAGUAUAAUUCAGCCACUUUACAAAAAAUGGUGCUGCUUACUAAUUUACAUUUAUUUAUUUUAUUUUAAUUUUUAAUUCUUGCAGCCAAAAAUGAUUGAUUUUGCAUUUUGAAUUUUGAAAAAGUAUUAUUUUUAAUUAUUUAUUUUUUUUGUGCUGAAAUUCUGCAGCCAUUUUGAAAGCUCUUCUAAAGCUUCUCCAAAAUCCUGGAGGGACUGAUUGGCGACAUAUCAUUAUUCAUUACCAAGAGAUAGAUCAGUAAACAUUUUAUAUACAUUGCUGAAGCAGUUUAAAAACUAGUCACUCACUUAGAAUAUGAACCUGGAAGUAAAUAGAAAUAAACAGUCUAAAAGGCAUAAAUAAAAGGAAUAUAACUGAGGUGCUAGCUACAAGCCUAUUUUGUAAUAUUUUUUUAGAUUUAGCUGUUAAUUAUAAGCAAAGUUCAAACGUUAAGGCUAAGCUGUUAGCAGAGACACUUUCGACCUAGCUAGCUGGAAUAUAAAUAAGACAUCACUUGGGUAGAUAAAUGUUAGCCAGCUUAAAUAUUUACAUAGUAAACAUUAGUGUACAAGUAAACAGUAGUAGAAGCUGAAAUGCAUCAUGGUGAGGUAGCAGGGUAAAGGAAAGAAGCCUAGCCAACAUUUUCCUUGGCGCAAAAAUAACAGCAUGACACACCGGAGACUUUUUAGCCUGAAAUCCGGGUCACGGCACCAAGUUCUUAGAAAUUCAGCAGCGAUAAAGUCAGCAGAUGGGAGAAUGGCUUCAACAAUAAACUUUAGUAAAUAGUCAUAAAGUAAGGGAUAAGUUAUGGACUCGUGGUUCAUGUCAGUUUUAAUUCCAGUAGCAUUUUAGCUUUGUGCUAGAGUAUUUUCAUUGUCAUAAAUCAACGUAUCUGAUCUAAAUGGCAUACAUUGUUUUGUUCUGACUGAAAACAAGACUUGAGUCUAAUGCUAGCUCGCUAAAACGUUAUUAAUAUACAUCAAGAACUGACUCCUGCCAUUUUUAAAAUACUCACGGAGCAAUAAACCCUGCCUCGUUCUCCAUUUCCAUUCAUUCCCUGAUGUAACUAUUCACGAUCCUUUCUGCCUUCGGAGGACGUUUGACUAAGUAAAACUCCCAUGAGCUAUUUCUAAAUGCCAAAUAGUGUUUUGUGCCAAAAUACUCCUGGCAGGUUUAUACAGUGUUUAAAGCGAAAGGACUUAAAUAAAACCUGAUAUUCCUUUUUUUAUAGACCUCAUUUAAAUUCAUUUUUUUAAACAUAUUGUACGUUGGAUUAUGUGCACUACUAUAUGCAGUCCUAACUGUGAAACGCAUGAAAACCAUUAAGUUGAAUCUUUUUCUUUCUUUUUUCUUCUUUUUUUUUCUAAGCAAAUACGACGACAACGGCGGUGGUGAUGGUGAUAAUGCGAAUGAAUUUAGACAAGUAGAACUUAUGUAGAGAAAUGAGAAACCGGAGAAAUAUGAGACAGAGUAUAUCACCACAGAAAAUAUAUGAAUAUUGAUAUUGAACCUCUAUGCUGAGCACCCUUUUUCUAUGCCAUGCUGUGUAACUGCAAUUCAUUAGUUUUCUAUGUAUAUUGUAUUGUAUAUAAAAGCAGAGACCAUCCAUGUGUAUAACUCUGAUCUCUAAUCGUAUGAACACACACACACACACACACACACGAUAUGAGCAGAGGUUCAAUUUGAGUUGGAGAAAUGAUGACUGAAGAACUUCUUCGAUGGCAAUCCACAAAAUGUACACACGACUACACACACAUGGACUUGGAUCACCAGUAGAUUUUAAUUCGAAGAGUCUCAGUGAAGAGGAAAGCAGGAGUAGAUUUUUCUAAAUGGAAUGUGAACCGACUGCUUUAUUUUUUGGACUUUUGGAAUAAACAGAGGCUAAGAAACCGCCA